GCUGAAGCGACGAGCGAGGUAAGGAACACGCAUUUUUAAAGAAAACAAGGAAUUCUCCCUACGGCUGUCCGGAUCGAGAAUAAGGUAAUAUGGGCACGUGCCUUUUUUCUCGAGUCCGCCACCAAAUUGCUUCUUACCUUUUACUUUCAUCGUCGUUUUAUCUUUCUUUCCUUUCCUUUCUGUGUGGCCUCACCGGGGGUCGUCUGCCGAUGAUCUGGUCGUACAAGCGCCCGUCCCAGCCUGUCACCAUCAAGAACGCCAUUUGUGACGCUGCGCUGUACAAUACAUCUAAUAGGUUCCCACUGCACCAUCCAUCUGGUUCUCAAGAAGCGCCAUCCGUAAGCCGGUCCGAAUACAUACCAAGAAUAUCGAGGUGAGUGGCGGAGACUGUACGCGUAGGAGCCUACGACGGACUGAGCAGAUAGAAGAAACCGAAGAAACAAAGCGUUACCUUCCUUCUCAAUUGAACCGAACCAAACGCCAGCCGAGCGCGUUCCUUUACUUCACCCAUGAGCGACACUCGCCGCCCAACCUAUGUAUCUCGACCAGACCUCUACACAGUCAAUGCGCUCAAUUCGUUUUCGUUUGGGAACGUCCAGACCUCUGUACCAG